AUGGGUCUCAGUGAUCCUGGCCACCCUCUAGGACCGGUCGAAUGCGAGGGAAUAAAUACACAGCAGAAAUGCACAAACAUUCACAGAGUUGUCGCACAUUUGGGUCUUUGGGGUCAGAAACGCUGUUCGACGGCUAAUGAAAGUGUUGCCAGUGUGGGAGGAACUGGUUUGAUAGCUGCUGCUGCUGCUGCUUCUGCUGUCUGCCGCGGAACCGAACAGCAGCUAGAGUUGAUAUAA